UCAGCUCGUUUUGUGGAAAAGCUAAAGAACCACACCAUCCCAAUGAGCAAGAGAUUGAUACUGGAGUGCACAUUUACUGGAAGCCCACAAAUGUUUGUUACCUGGUACAAGGAAGGGAAGCAACUUUAUGCAUCAUACAGAUACAACACUAAAGUGAAAAACAACAAGUGCAUUCUGGAAUGUCUGCAUCCCUGUAACCAGGAAACAUCUGGAAUUUACUCUUGUGAAGUUAGCAAUCCAUACGGAAUUGAUAUUUGCCAUGCCCAGAUUGUUGCCGUUCCAGAACCUCCACAGUUUGUCUCUAAGUUGAAGGAUCUGUCUGUUCCAAUGACCAAGAAACUCAGACUGGAAUGUACCUUCACCGGAGCCCAGAAGAUGUUUGUCACAUGGUAUAAGGAUGGCAAACAAGUGUAUGCCUCCUAUAGAUAUAACACAAAGGUCACUAAGAAAUCCUGCAUCCUGGAAUGCCUUCAUGAGAGCAACGCAGAAACUACAGGAAGAUACUCCUGUGAAAUCACUAACAAAUAUGGAACAGAUGUAUGCUAUGCUCAAAUCACUGCAGUGGCAGAGCCACCACACUUUGUGAACAAGCUGAAGGACGUUUCCAUCCCAAUGAGCCAGAAGCUGAGACUGGAGUGCACUUUCGCCGGGGCCCCCAAAACAUUCAUCACCUGGUACAAGGAUGAUAAGCAGCUGUACGCCUCCUACAGAUACAACACCAAAGUGAUCAGGAACACCUGCAUCCUCGAGUGUCUGCAUGAGUGUAACCAGGACACCACGGGAAGAUACUCCUGCGAAGUGUCAAACAAGUUUGGAUCUGAAAGGUGUCAUGCCGAGGUGAAAACAGUGACAGAUUCUCCUCGCUUUGUGAAGAAGCUGUCCAGCAUGCAGGUCUAUAUUGGAGACAAAAUGACCCUGGAAUGCACAUUUACUGGGGCCCCAAAAAUAUUUGUCACUUGGUAUAAGGAUGGCAAGCAACUGUAUGCUUCUUACCGACACAACACAAAACUCAUGGGCAAUAAAUGUAUUGUGGAGUGCCUUCAUGGCAGCACAAGAGACACUGCAGGAAGAUACUCAUGUGAAAUAAGCAAUUCUCGUGGAUCAUCUAUCUGCCAUGCUGAUAUCACAGUAGGAACAGAUACUCCACACUUUAUGAAGAAACUGGUGGACAUGACCCUUCCACUGAACAAAAUGUUGAAGCUAGAAUGCACCUUUACGGGAGCCCAGAAAGUAUCUGUGAGUUGGUAUAAAGAUGGCAGACAGCUCUGUGGCUCUGAUGGAUACAACAGCAAAGUCUCCAACAAUUCCUGCAUAUUGGAAGGCCUGCAUAAACCAAACAAAGAAACUACUGGAAAAUACUCCUGUGAAAUUAGCAACUCUUAUGGAACAGCAAUCUGUCAUGCCCAGAUCGUUGCAGACCCAGAGUCGGCUCGCUUUGUGAAGAAGCUUCAGAACCUCCUAAUCCCAAUGAGCCAGAAACUCAAACUGGAGUGCGCAUUCUCUGGCGCUCCCAAGAUUUCUGCCACUUGGUACAAAGAUGGUGAAGUGCUCAAUGCCUCCAACAGAUACAACACAAAGCUCUCUGAUAACUCUUGCAUCAUGGAAUGCCUACAUGAAUGCAAGAAGGAGACGGCUGGAAGGUACUCCUGUGAAAUCGUCAAUCAGUAUGGGACAGAUCUCUGCCAUGCCCUCAUCAACCCAAUUACAGAACCUGCACGAUUUGUCAAGAGGCUGGAGGAUGUGAGCUUCCCUCUGAGUAAAAAGCUCAGACUGGAGUGUACAUUUAAGGGAGCACCAAAGAUGUUUGUGACGUGGUACAAGGAUGGAAAGCAGUUGUACGCCUCCUACAGGUACAACACCAAGGUCAUCGGGAACACCUGCAUCUUGGAGUGUCUUCAUGCGUGUAACAAGGACACACCUGGAAGGUAUUCCUGUGAAGUGUCCAACUUGUAUGGGACUGACAUCUGUCAUGCCCAGAUUACUACAGUGACAGAGCCUGCUCGAUUUGUCCAAAAGCUGAAGGAUCACACCGUUCCCAUGAGCAAGAAGCUCCGACUGGAGUGUACUUUCACCGGAGCUCCAAAGCUGUUCGUCACGUGGUACAAGGAGGGGAAGCAAGUCUACGCUUCUUACAGAUAUAAUACAAAAGUCAUCGGAAACACAUGCAUCCUCGAGUGUCUGCAUGAGGCAAACAAGGAGACCAGUGGAAAGUACUCCUGUGAGGUUUAUAAUGCCUAUGGAAGUGAGAUCUGUCAUGCGCAAGUCACAGCAGUCACAGAACCUGCUCGCUUAGUGAUGAAGCUGCAAAACCUCACCAUCCCAGUGAGCCAGAAGCUGAGACUCAUGUGCACAUUCACUGGAGCCCCGAAGCUUUUCGUCACGUGGUACAAGGAUGGCAAACAGCUCUAUGCUUCGUAUAGAUACAACACCAAGGUCACCAGGAACUCUUGCAUCUUGGAGUGCCUUCAUGAGUGCAACAAUGAAACCACUGGAAUAUACACGUGUGAAGUGAGCAACUCUUAUGGCACAGAUGUCUCUCACGCAAAGAUCACUACAGUUGCAGAACCCGCUCGCUUUGUGAAGAAACUGAAGGAUGUCAGUGUUCCAAUGAGCCAGUGUUUGAAACUGGAGUGCACCUUCACUGGUGCUGCUAAGAUGUUCGUCACUUGGUACAAGGACGGCAAGCAGCUGUACGCUUCUUAUCGAUACAACACCAAGAUUGUUGGGAACAAAUGCAUUGUGGAGGCUCUGCACCCCUGCAACAGCGACACACCUGGAACUUACUCGUGUGAAGUCAGCAACUCUUACGGAACUGAUAUAUGUCACGCUGAGGUCAGCACAAUAUCAGAUUCCCCUAAAUUUGUGAAGAAGCUGACCGACCGCAUCUUGAAAAGGGGAGAGAAACUCUAUCUUGAGUGCACGUUUACAGGCGCUGAAAAGAUGUUUGUCACCUGGUAUAAAGACGGCAAACAGGUGUACGGCUCCUACAGGCACAACACAAAACAGACGGGUAACACCUGUAUCUUGGAAGGUCUCCAUGAGAGCACCAGCCAUACCACCGGAAGGUACUCCUGUGAAAUUAGCAACUCUUAUGGAAGUGAUUUCUGUCAUGCUCAGAUCAACUUUGGGCCAGAACCUCCACUGUUUGUGACACCGUUGAAGGAUCUCCGCAUUCCAGUAAGCGAGAAGCUGAGACUGGAGUGCACCUUCACUGGAGCUCCGCAGAUGUUCGUCACCUGGUACAAGGACGACAAGCAGCUGUACGCCUCAUACAGGCACAACACCAAGGUCAUUGGCAACAAGUGCAUCGUUGAGGCCCUUCACCCAUGCAACAAGGAAACCAGUGGAAAAUACUCUUGUGAACUUAGCAAUUCCUAUGGAACAGUGAUCUGUCAUGCCCAAGUCAAAACAUCAGGAGUUUUCCGAGAUGGAGGCGUAUCGAAGGCACCAACGGGCAGUGAACCUGCUCGCUUUGUGAAGAAGUUGAAGGAUGUCUACGUUACUGUAGGACAGAAAUUAAGACUUGAGUGUGAAUUCAAGGGAACUCCUAAAAUGUUUGUCACUUGGUACAAGGAUGGAAAACAGCUCUAUGCCUCUUAUAGACAUAAUACGAAGGUUGCGGCUAACAAAUGCAUCUUGGAAUGUCUUCAUGAGAGCAAGAAAGAGACGGCUGGCCGAUACUCAUGUGAAGUCAGCAACUCUUAUGGAACUGACAUAUGCCAUGCUGAGGUUGCUUUAGCUACAGAACCAGCUCGUUUUGUGACACAGCUACAGGACCAAUUUAUCCCAAUGAGCAAGAGAUUGAUACUGGAGUGUAAAUUUACCGGAAGCCCCAAAAUGUUUGUCACCUGGUACAAGAAUGGAAAACAGUUGUACGCAUCAUACAGAUACAACACCACAGUCACAAAGAAUUCAUGCGUCCUGGAAUGCCUGCAUCCCUGUAACGAAGGAACUACUGGGGAAUACUCUUGUGAAGUGAGCAAUGCUUGUGGAACAGAUUUCUGCCAUGCCCAGAUUGUUGCUGUACCAGAACCUUCUCCGUUUGUCACCAAAGGACGAUACAGUGAUCAAACCACUGCAGUGGCAGAGCCACCACACUUUGUGAAGAAGCUGAAGGACGUUUCCAUCCCAAUGAGCCAGAAGCUGAGACUGGAGUGCACUUUCGCCGGGGCCCCCAAAACAUUCAUCACCUGGUACAAGGAUGAUAAGCAGCUGUACGCCUCCUACAGAUACAACACCAAAGUGAUCGGGAACACCUGCAUCCUCGAGUGUCUGCAUGAGUGUAACCAGGACACCCCGGGAAGAUACUCCUGUGAAGUGUCAAACAAGUUUGGAUCAAAUAUAUGCCAUGCUGAUGUUACAACAGUGAAAGAUGUUCCUCGCUUUGUGAAGAAGCUGUCCAACAUGCAGGUCUAUAUUGGAGACAAAAUGACCAUGGAAUGUACAUUUACUGGGGCCCCAAAAAUGUUUGUCACUUGGUAUAAGGAUGGCAAGCAGCUGUAUGCUUCUUACCGACACAACACAAAACUCAUGGGCAAUAAAUGCAUUGUGGAGUGCCUUCAUGGAAGCACCAAGGAAACUGCUGGAGUAUAUUCGUGUGAAAUCAGCAACUCCUAUGGAUCAGCUGUCUGCCAUGCUGAAAUCACAGUGGGGAAAGAUGCUCCACACUUUGUGAAGCAGUUGACGGAUAUAACUAUUCCAACGAGCGAAAAGUUAAGACUGGAAUGCACCUUCACGGGAGCCCAGAAAAUAUUUGUGACUUGGUAUAAGGAUGGCAAACAGCUCUACGCUUCUUAUAGAUAUAACACCAAGGUCACCAACAAUUCCUGUGUACUGGAAUGCCUGCAUAAAUCCAAAAAAGAAACAACUGGAAAGUAUUCCUGUGAAAUCAGUAAUUCGUUUGGAAAAGUAAUCUGUCAUGCUCAGAUCACUGCAGGACCAGAGUUUGCUUGCUUUGAAAGGAAGCUUGAGAACCUCCUAAUCCCAAUGAGCCAGAAGCUCAAACUGGAGUGCACCUUCACUGGAGCCCCCAAGAUGUUUGUGACUUGGUACAAGGAUGGCAAACAGCUCUAUGCCUCGUAUAGACACAACACAAAGCAGACCGAGAACUCAUGCACCGUGGAAGCCCUGCAGGAGUGCAAGAAGGAGACUGCUGGAAGAUACUCAUGUGAAAUUACCAAUAAGUAUGGGUCUGUUCUCUGCCAUGGUUAUGUCUUCCCAGUUCCAGAACCUGCUCGCUUUGUCAAGAGGCUGGAGAAUGUGAGCUUCCCUCUGAGUAAAAAGCUCAGACUGGAGUGUACAUUUAAGGGAGCACCAAAGAUGUUUGUGACGUGGUACAAGGAUGGAAAGCAGUUGUACGCCUCCUACAGGUACAACACCAAGGUCAUCGGGAACACCUGCAUCUUGGAGUGUCUUCAUGAAUGUAACAGCAAUACACCUGGAAGGUAUUCCUGUGAAGUGUCCAACUCCUAUGGAACUGACGUCUGUCAUGCCCAGGUUACUGCAGUAACAGAAUCUGGCAUAUUUGUCUGGCCUGCAGCAAAAUCCCACCACCAGUGAGACACCAUCUUGGAAGCUACAUGUAACAUGUGUGAGCAUCUUAGUUUGGUUGGAGACAGACAGUUGGAGACAGACAGUUUUAUUUCAGCAGUACUAAGGUUGUCUCGUCAUACAUGUGCAUGAUGAUGUGGUGCAAGAGAUAUCGCUAAUACAAUUUAAUUGGUAAGUGAUAUUAAAUGCUCACAAUACAUUUUUGUUUGUGAUAAUCCAUAACCCAUUAGCUAAAUCUAAGACAUUGUGUUAGUCAAAUCAUUAGAUAGCUAGAAUGGACACUUAUUACAAUGUCCAAUCAUGUGAUAUUUAGCUUGCAAUGUAUCACUGGGUUAAAUGUUGGUAAAUUAUGGGUUAGGUGGACUAACAUUAGUACUACCUUAAUCUUCUAUGUUACCUACAGAGUGGGACAUGAGACUUGGGAGUCAGCGAUUGACCUUGUAUCUUUGUACUUGCUGGCCUCUAUCACAUACGCACAUGAGAGUGAUCAGAUUGCUUAGGUUCAUUUAUUUUCUUUCUUCACCAUUCUUUGGUCACUAGAUAGCAUUUUUACCUGAAACUCCAACUGAAUAAGUAGGCAAGAUGGCUAUGGUGUGAAUGUCCCCUGUUCUCUCAGCGCUUCAUUUUGGCAUGGAAUAAAACUGUACUGAAUUUCA